AUGGCGUUGGACUUUGACUUGACGCUUUUUAUCAAGGAAACACAGCUGCAGCACGGUCUCCGCGCCGAGGACUAUGUCCGCUAUCACCACUACACUACGAACCGUCUCGCCACAUUGCGGGGGCAGCUGAGCUUGUCGAACGACAAAAAGAAGUUUUUGCACAAGGAGGUCACUGCGCAGAACGCGACGGAUGUUCGCCAUCUGAUGCUGCUCGCCUUGUAUGCUGAGCGUUGUUGGGCAGAGGCGGAGGCGAUGCAGGUGCAGCUGCAGACUAAGAAGGAGUCGCGCGGCACCGAUGCCAACAAGCCAAAGGGUGGUGUGCCACCGCAAGAUCAGUAUCGCAAGCGCCUGAACAAGUCCGUCAAGUGGGCCUCGAAGCUGCACGAGGUAGCCAAGGAGGUUGCCUCAGACCGCGUCAAAAAGGAGUGCACAGCGUACUUGAAGGACACCGCCGGACGCUGCCACGCCUCGCACGGAAAGUUCAGGGAGGCGAAGGAGGCGUUUUUGGAAGCCCGCAAAACUUACGCGACGCUGCGCUCCAAUAGCAGCGAGUCGCAGUGGGUCGUGAUCGCGUGCAAGAUGAGCGAGCUCGAUGACCGAGUUACCUACUGCAUGCAGCGCCUCGGCGAGGACCCCACCACCUACCGACCCGCGCCGAUUUUCGUCGCCGCCAGCGGCGAUGGUGCGGCCACAGACAGUGUGGUGCCGAUGAGCGGUGCGUCGCAGCUGUCGUGGAACGGACGCACUCUGAAUGUCUACAGCAUCAAGGUCAAGGAUGCGCUGCGCGAGGCCCAGGCGGUGGAGGUGGAGUUGAGCGAGGCAAAGGUGCAGGAAGGACGCGGAGUGGUGCCGGUGGGCCAGUCGAACCGUGUUCUCGAUCUAAUGGACCGCCGUAUCAACUACUACAACGAUGCGCUUGCACACGCUCGGCAGGACCUGCGCACGGCGCCAGAGGGCGCCGGCAAAACCGAGUACCAGCUUAUCGUGCACUACAUUCUUUUCCACGUGGCUCAGGAGACACUGCGACGCACCCGUUUUCUGGCGGAUCUUUACCGCCGCCGUUUCGAAGCAACGGAGCGGACACUGAAGAGCACCGCUGCCUACUCGGCCCCGUCGUCGUUUCCUCGUGGGCACAAGCAGCAGCAGCAUCGAAAGAAGAGGGCGGAGGUCGCGCCAACGCAGUACGUGUCGCCACUGGAAGUGGUGCGCCUCUACCAGGCGGCGGCUGGAAGCGUGGACGAGAUGGAGCUGCUGCCCGGCGUUUCGGGGCGUGAGGACGUGGAGGCGCUGCAUGCUGUCUGCUCGGCCGGUCAACUCUUCUUCACCGGCGAGAGCUGGCGGCUGUCAGAGGCGUGGUCGACGGCGAUGACGUACUACUGCGACGCACUGGCGCUCCUGCGGGAGGUGAAGGGUCAGCAUGUGGCGUCGAUGCAGGAGCACAUCGAACAGCGCUUGAUGCAGGGGGCUGCCGAGGUGGUGCUUUCCGCAUCAUCCAUGGGUGCGGGCGGCAAUGCACGAAGAUCGACUCCGUUGAUGACUUACCUGGUCGACGCAGAUGAGGAGACGACUCAGGUGGCGCAGGGAGUCGUGCGCUUUCCGCCCGACUACCAGGCAGCCCCGUGCAAGCCUGUGUUUGUUGACGUAGCGUCGACCUUCCUGGACUACCCGGCGGACAGCGUAGACGAGGCAGAUUCAGAUGACCGUUCGAGCGCAAAGACCACAACUAUACCGGCAGAGCCGAAGAGCGCGUCUGUAGCAGCUGGGCAACCGAAGAAGGGGUGGAUGUUUGGCUGGAGAAGUUAG